ACGGUAUAUAACUAUAUUUUUAUUUACAUAAAACAAACUUUUACCGGCUAUUUUAUAAAUUGUAUAUUAUAAAUUUUUUAAAAAAGUGAAUAGGUGAUAUUUGAAUUUUGAAAAAUCAGUAACAAGAAGGAAACUUUGUUGUUAACAAUGUCAGCUAAAAAGAAAAAUUUAGAUGUCUACUUAAGUGAAGUUUUUAAGCAGUUUAUUGCUUUAAAAGAAAAUGAUCUAAGAAAAGCCCAAGAGGUUUUUAAAAGUGUCUUUGAACUUUUUAAACAAAAAAUGGGUGAACAAUGCAACUACUUCAAGAAAUAUGCCAGUCAGGUGAUGUAUGCCGGUAGCGUGUAUGAUGGUAUAAAAGUGAGCAAACUUGACGAAUUUGACAUGGACAUUGUCAUCCGCCUUCCCGUCAACUACGCUGAUGACGGAGAAAAUGGCAUCAUCAUAGAGAACGACGAGCCCGGCUUUGUGAAGUUAAAAAUUAUUAAAGCAUUUGAUAAUUUAGAUAAACAAAAGGAGUGGGAUACAUGUCAUAAAGUAACACGAGAGUGGCGCGAUACGGAUAAAUACUUGCUACAAAACAAAUUCCGACAGUGGUUGCAUAAAAUAGUUCAAAGAACUGUCAAUGAUUUGAAUGAUAAAGUCACUGUUCUUGGAGUGACAUACCUAUUGACAUACAAAACUUCGGGGCCGGCUUACACCUUAAACAUACGGAAUAGUGAAGGCGAUGAGGAGUUUCUUCUUGAUGUUGAUUUUGUGCCUGUGAUCAGAUUCAUGCUGCCAAGAUGGCCCGAAGGCUAUAGAACCGUGGAAAACACCCAGAUAAAGGAAUGGUUAGUGGUGCCAAAGCCAAACAAGUUGGUGCAAGAUGCGGGCAUUAAAAACCGUCUUUGGCGUCUCUCCUUCCAGGACUACGAACGGGACAUGAUCAAGGGCUGUCAAGGAUUGAAGACGACCAUACGAUUGGUAAAAAAAUUACGUGAUGAGCUCGGUAUGAAAGCAAUCGCGAGCUACUACAUUAAGACACUGUUCCUGUGGAAAGUUGAAGCGACCGACAAGCAGUACUGGCAGCGAAAAAUUAGUGCCAUUUACCGUGAAAUGGUCGAAGAACUUUACAACGCCAUUGCCGAAGGAAAUAUACCGUAUUUUUGGAAUAAAGACAACAAUUUAAUACAAGGGGUAAAAGCGACACUAUUACAAGUAUAUGCAAAAAAAUUAAAAGAAGUACUUGAUAGCAUUGAUUCCAAUGAUGUUGAAAAAGCAGCAUACUUCCUCCUUAAUACCAAGGAAAAAGAGGAAUUCAAAAACUCGGAGUUUUAUAAGAAUCAAGCUGUAGAUAAUAAUAGUAACAAUUUUGUUCGGCAAGUGUCUCUUUGCAGUGUAAGUGAUACAAGUCAAUCUCCGAAACAGGUCGAUAAGAGAGAAAACGAUAAUGAUAAGCUAUUGAAUCUUGUGAAAAAUCUUAUGACAAAAAUCGACCGUUUGACAAUGAAAAUAGAAGAACAAGAAACUAGGUUGAUCCGGCUGGAGAACGAGAGGCUGGUGAAUAAUAUUGAGUGUGUCCCUAAAGAUACAGUUAUGGAAGUUAAACCGUUUAGUGUGGAUUUGGCAGAAAGUGUUAAUGGAAUAAAUCAAGACUCACAAGAGACUGUCGUAUCGGAUUUACUGAUUUUAUAAACAGCCAAGUACUAAACUACUACAUGGCAUUCAUGAUAAAUGUGAUAAUCAAUGGUAUACUACAAUUAGAUAAUUAAAAAUAUAUAUAAUAUCCUAAAACAUACAUUAAAUAGUCAUUUGGAUGCUUUUACUUGUAUUGACUUUUUAUAUUUUAUAUGAAAGUAUAUUGAGAUAUUUCUUUCAAUACAUUCUGUAUUAUAUAGCCGAUGGCUCAGUGGCUACAAUUACUUAAUAUAAGACGCGGUUUAAACAUAAACAUUGUUUAGCUGGUGGUUGGAUGAGCAAUGCUCCGUCUUCUUCUUUCGAAUUUCAAAUCAGUAUGGGCAGAAAGGGAGACAUCAGUGGUUAACUAAUUAGGGGCUAAGCAAUAGUUAUAAUAGUAUGGUCGUGAGAUUAAUUGUUUUUCGGCGGUGAUUGGAAGUAACGAUGAUCUCACGGCGGUUGGAAAACCUGCAUGUAUAUAUAUAUAUAUAAUAAAAUAUUGAUUACAAAAAUGUUUGCAUAUAAUGUUACAUUAUUUAACUUAAAAAACAGAACUUAUAUA